AGGGCCGGGAUUUCGGGGGAGUCCGGAGCGCGCUGAUCAGAGCCGCCGGCCAAGACAUGCGAAGGCGGAUUCAGGGGUUGGCCGUGGUGACUUCGGACCUGAGCCCCCUUCCGAUCUGCGGAGAUGGGCCACAGGCUCGGCCGAGGAAGGAGUUAGUGGCUUUUCACCUUCAGAGCUGCAGAAAGGGAGGGAUGGAGGAUGAACAUAAGCCGCCGUUACAGCCUCGGACUCAGUUCCAGGGCAGGGUCCUGCUCCUGACCAUCUGUGCGGCUGGCAUUGGUGGGACUUUUCAAUUUGGCUACAACCUCUCCAUCAUCAAUGCCCCGACUUCGCACAUUCAGGAAUUCACCAAUGAGACGUGGCGGAUGCGAACCGGCCAGCCGCUGCCCGACCAGCUGGUCCCGCUCCUGUGGUCCCUCAUCGUGUCUCUGUACCCCGUGGGUGGCCUUCUGGGAGCGCUGCUUGCUGGCCCCAUGGCCAUCACACUGGGAAGGAAGAAGUCCCUGCUGGUGAAUAACAUCUUCGUGGUGGCCGCAGCGACCCUGUUUGGCUUCAGCCGCAGAGCAGGCUCCUUUGAGAUGAUCAUGCUGGGACGGCUGCUCGUGGGUGUCAGCGCAGGUGUGAGCAUGAACGUCCAGCCCAUGUACCUGGGGGAGAGCGCCCCCAAGGAGCUCCGAGGGGCUGUGGCCAUGACCUCAGCCAUCUUCACCGCCCUGGGGAUCGUCAUGGGUCAGGUGGUUGGACUCAGGGAGCUCCUGGGUGGCCCGCAGGCCUGGCCUCUGCUGCUGGCCAGCUGCCUGGUGCCUGGGGUGCUCCAGCUGGCCUCCCUGCCCCUGCUCCCCGAGAGCCCACGCUACCUCCUCAUUGACUGUGGAGACUCCGAGGCCUGUCUGGCAGCGCUGCAGCGGCUGCGGGGCCCCGCGGACCUGGCCGGGGAGCUGGCCGAGUUGGAGCGGGAGCGCGCCGCCUGCCAGGGCCGGCGCGCGCGACGCCCGUGGGAGCUGUUCCGGGACCGCGCGCUGCGGAGGCAGGUGGCGAGCCUGGUGGUGCUGGGCGGGGUCAUGGAGCUGUGCGGGAACGACGCGGUGUACGCCUAUGCGUCAGCAGUGUUCAGCCAGGCGCGGAUUCCCCCAGAGAAGGUCCAGUACGCCUCCAUCGGGACCGGGGGCUGCGAGCUGCUGGCGGCACUGCUCAGCUGUGUGGUGAUCGAGAGGGUGGGCCGACGGAUGCUGCUGAUGGGGGGGUACGGACUGAUGACCUGCUGGGGGAGCGUCUUCACAGCGGCCCUGUGCCUGCAGAGCUCCCUCCCCUGGAUGCCCUACCUGGCCAUGUCCUGCGUCUUUGCCUUCAUCCUCAGCUUUGGCAUUGGCCCUGCCGGAGUGACCGGGAUCCUGGCCACAGAGCUGUUUGACCAGAUGACUCGGCCUGCUGCUUACAUGGUCUGCGGGGCGCUCAUGUGGACCAUGCUCUUCCUAGUCGGGCUGGGGUUCCCCUUCAUCAUGGCAUGUGCGAUCUUAGUUCGUGGACCAGAGAUGGAACCCGCACCCCCUGCAUUGUAAGGCGAAGUCUCAACCACUGGACCACCAGGGAAGUCCCCAGAUGUUUUUAAUUUUAAAGAAGUUCAGCUUAUGAAUUCUUUCAUAGAUCGUGUUGUAUCUAAAAAGUCAUCACCACAUCCACAGUCAUCUAGUGUCCACCAUUUUUUUUUUUUUAAGCUGCGCUGCAUAGCUUGCAGGAUCUCAGUUUCCUGACAAGGGAUUGAACCUGGGCCCAGUGAAAGCGCCGAGUCCCAAUCACUGGACCACCAGGGAAUUCCCUUAUUCAUUUACUUUUAAUGGAUGUCCAGUGGUGCCGGCACCGUUUGUUGAAAAGACCAUCUUU